AUGGGCCAGAAAGGAGAGCAUUUGCUCCAGCGGCCUCUCUACGUGUUUGAUCUCCCGGAAGAGCUCCUGUCGACCCUCACCCUCAAAAAUCAGCUCGACCAAAUACCCCAAGAGGUUCCGCAAGAGUUACACACACCUGCAAGCGACGCAAACGAACGAUCCGAAAAUGAAGAGGGUAGCCCCGCGAAGGCGACGUCAUGCAACCUCUGUGGUUUGAACUUCGCGACGCUCGCAGACCAACGAAGCCACGUCCGCUCCGACCUACACGGCUACAACCUGAAGCAGAAGAUAAAGGGACUGAAGCCAAUCGGGGAGGCAGAUUUUGAGACGCUUGUUGGCGAGCUAGACGAGAGCAUAUCCGGAUCCGAGUCUUCGGAAUCAGACGAGGAUGGUGAUGAGGACGAUGGGACCAAGCCGAAAGAAUCCACGCUAAGCGCGUUGCUGAAGAAGCAGGCUAAGAUUGUGGACCCAGGGUUUGACGAGUACACAUCGAGUAAGAAGCAGCGUGGAGCAGGGAAACCGCCUUUGCUGUGGUUCACUUCGCCGCUGUUACCGGACAAUAUGUCGCUGGGUGUAUACAGGGCGAUUUUUACGAAUGCGGAACAGGAAGAGGAGGCACACCUUAUGGAGUCGUUGCGCAGAAAGCAAAUUGCUCCAGCAAUACCACCAAAGAUCAAGUCUGAAGGCGGCGUGCCAUUACCUGGAACUGAUAUUGGACCGCAUUAUUUUCUAUGUAUGAUAGGAGGAGGCCACUUUGCUGCUAUGAUCAUCGCCCUUGCGCCGAAGAAGGGAAAGAAUCAUACUGGAGUGGAUGAGCGUUCUGCGACCGUCGUUGCGCACAAGACAUUCCACAGAUACACCACUCGCCGAAAACAGGGUGGCUCACAGUCGACUAGUGAUGCUGCGAGAGGCGCUGCGCACUCGGCUGGUUCAUCGCUGCGUCGAUACAACGAAGCAGCGCUCACGAACGAGGUACGCGAGCUACUGACUAGCUGGAAGACAAUGAUUGAUUCAGCUGAUCUGCUCUUCAUUCGUGCAACUGGCAACACUAGCCGGAAGACCCUGUUUGAUAAGUACGAAGGGCAAGUCCUUCGAAAUAACGACCCUCGCAAUAGAGGCUUCCCGUUCACUACCCGACGCGCUACGCAGAAAGAGCUCAUACGCGCAUUCGUCGAGCUUACCCGCGUCAAGCAGAGCACCAUCGACGAAACCGCCCUCGCCGCUCUGAACGCAACCCCAAAGGAGCCCGUAGCACCUACACCGCCAAAGCCCCAAAAGCCACCCAAACCCUCCAAGGAAGACGAAGAAGCCGCCCUUCACACCUCCCAGAUCACAUCCAUCAUUAAGCGCUCCAAAAUUCCCGCCCUGCUCAACUACCUCAAAACCAACAACAUCCCUCCAACCUUCAAAUUUGUCCCGGAGAACUACCACACACCAACACCUCUCCACCUUGCCGCAUCACUUAACUCCGCUCCGGUGGUGAUAGCGCUCUUGACGAAAGCUAGCGCCGACCCCGGAAUCAUGAACGAUGACGCACGCACACCCUUUUCCCUUGCCGGUGACCGCGCAACCCGCGACGCCUUUCGGCUCGCGCGCUCCGAACUCGGUGAAGCUGCCUUCGACUGGGACACCGCGGGCGUACCCUCACCACUUUCCAAGUCCGAGCUUGAGAAGCGCGAGGCUCGCGAAAAGGCCGAGAAAGCUACAGAAGACAAGGCUGAGGCCGAGAGGCGGAAAGCUGAAACGGAAAAGUUAAGAAAAGAGAGCGAGGCCGAGGAUGCGAAAAGGAGGGAAGGAAGGCUGGGGAAGGGGAGACUGGUUGGUGUGCCCGAGAAGAGUGCGGGGGACAGGAGGGAGGAGGAGAUGAGGGGGUUGGGCCCUGAGGCUCGAGCGCGGAUGGAAAGGGAGAGGAGAGCAAGGGCAGCUGAAGAGAGGAUGAAGAGGAUGCAGGGACGGUAA